UUUUUUUUUUUUUUUUUUUCCUAAUUAUAAUCAACAUGAAUGCAAACGAUUUAACAGUUGUUGCACCAAUAAUGAAGAGGAUAUUGGAUGAGGUUGUGAAUAAUUCUCUCGAUUCAACUAAUUCCAGCAAUCCGGACGACGAUACACCGUUUGAACGUUCUUUAUGUGCAGCGUGGGAUGUGUGUACAGUGCAAGAUUACGCUGCAGCAUUAGUCCAUUCUCAAUUCCAUAGAGUGUUGUUAAAGGUAGGAGAGUGAAGGGCUUGUAUGAAGACGGACCAAAAAUAAAUGAAGGAUAGAGAGCUAAACAAAGAAUGAUACUGAGCAGGUGGUGACGAUGACAAGUCGAAUCCGAACCAGAGAAUUAGCCAUGGGAACACUUGCGAAUUUAGCUUGUCAUUGGGCUUCGGGUAUUGGACCAUUAUUACUUGACGACAUGGAUAUAUUAAAGCUAUGUAGAUCGAUUCUCUGGAACGAAAAUGAUGCGCGAGUUUUACUAGAGACGACCCGAUUAUUAAACACCUUUCUAUCGUGUUCGAUUGAUACAUCACAUCAGACAGUGAUUGAACAUGAUAACCUGACAGAAUUCUUAACGCCUGUACCAAUGGCUCCUUCUAUAUUUCAUCAAUACACCCUCAUCAUCUGUAACACUCUUUAUUCCGAGCUCUUGUUAAAUAGCCUCGAAUUGAUGACUAGAAUCGUUGUCUAUACAAAUGCAAUCACACAUAGUAUCACAAGACGUAGACAGAGGUUAAUGCAGCACGACCAUACCCAGACCACAAAUGAUGAUGAUGAUGAUGAUAGACAUCAAUUCAUGGAUAAAUCAGAUACAUUGGCUCUGGUUACUUGGGGAGCUGAAAGACUAGAGGAAGAAGGCAGAGGUGUUGGCAUAGGCAUGGGUUUCCAUCGUGGAGUGGCUAAAAAUGUCAUGCAUUUACUUUGGGCAUUACUAGCAUACAACCAAGUGGGAAUCACUGACUGCGGGCCAGAAAUGACACAUGGUUUGGGCCAAUCGAUGUCUAGAUUAGUCUCUUAUAUACAAGAGGAUGAAAUGGAUACAAGGGUUGAAGAUGAAGAUAUUCAAAACUUGGCACAAGCAUUAAAUACAAAAUUAUCCAUGGCCAGUUAAAAGAAAAACACAUACACACACACACAAAACUCAUAUAAUACAUUACUAUAAACAACUUGUAAAUUCCCCCUUCCUUUUUUUUUUUUAAUAAUUAAAAAAAGAUAAUU